GGACAUUGUGCGAAGUAUGGCACAUACACCUUGAUGGAUCUUCGCGACAGAAGAAUUUUGGAUAUACAGCUUGUCCAGGUGAGUGAGAAUAACAAUGAAGUCAAGAAUUCACAUCACAUGGAAGUUGAGGGACUGAAGCGAGGAUUGUCAUUUCUUGAACAGAAAGGGUGUUCCAAUAAGGAAGUCAUCACAGAUCGCCAUGUCUCAGUGAAGAAAUACAUGAGAGAGGAGCACAAAGACAAGAAACAUUACUAUUUGCCAAACCUGUCUCCGGUGUAUCAGACUUAUGCAUUGGAGGUUUUCCACAGUGUGGUAAAGCACUUUGCGCCUAAGAACACCCACUACUUUUAUGCUGCUGCAACGAUAGCAAG